CAGGGCGGGGGUUGGUGUGGCCGGUUCGUUCCGUAGCGGGCAGCGGCCGGUCUCUCUCCGGGUGCACGGUCUCCCCGCGGGACCCCUCGCGCGAGACUCCGCCCCGGGGACACCUGCGGCGGAGAGCCGGCGCCUCGCGGGGGUGCAGCGGGUUCGCGCUCCCGGGAUCGCUGCCUCUCGGAGCCGCCGAUCUCUUCCCACCCUCCCCCGGGAACAUGAGUGACGGGGCGGGGAGCGAGCGGCAGCUGCUGCCCCGGCUCUGCCGCCUGGAGAAGGGGCCGAACGGCUACGGCUUCCACCUGCACGGGGAGAAGGGCAAGGUGGGCCAGUUCAUCCGGCUGGUGGAGCCGGACUCCCCGGCCGAGACGUCGGGGCUGCGGGCCGGGGACCGGCUGGUGGAGGUGAACGGCGAGAACGUGGAGAAGGAGAGUCACCAGCAGGUGGUGAGCCGCAUCCGAGGCGCCCUGGGCGCCGUGCGCCUGCUGGUGGUGGACCCGGAGACCGACGAGCAGCUGCAGAAGCUGGGCGUCCAGUGCCGGGAGGAGAUGAUCCACGGGCUGCCCGCCGCGGGGCCGGAGAAGCCGGAGGAGAAAAGUAACGAGGAGCCGCAGGAGGCACCGAAGGAGGAGGCACCGAGGGAGCAGGCGGAGAGGCCAGUCGGGGAGGAGAAGAGCCACCCUGCGGAGCGGAAAGAGCUGCGGCCUCGUCUCUGCCUGAUGAAGAAGGGCCCUAAUGGCUACGGAUUCAACCUCCACAGUGACAAAACCAAGCCGGGGCAGUACAUCCGGGCCGUGGAUCCAGACUCGCCGGCUGAAUCAUCAGGGCUACUUCCGCAAGACCGCAUCAUCGAGGUGAACGGACAGUGCAUGGAAGGGAAGCAGCACUCUGACGUGGUGACAGCUAUCAAAGCUGGGGGAGAUGAGACCAAGCUGCUGGUGGUGGAUAGCUUAACAGAUGAGUUCUUCAAGACGUGCAAAGUCGUUCCCUCGGAGGAGCACUUGACAGGUCCCUUGCCAGAGCCAGUUGCCAACGGCGAAGUAGAGAAGGAGGACAGCAGAGAGCAGCGGCCAGAGUCCGUGUCUGAAAGUCCAUCGAGCCCUGAGCCAAUGGCUGUGUCCCCCUCUUUGAAAGACACCUACAGCGAGUCUGACUCGCAAGAGGAGGAGAAGCGAAACUCCACGCCCGAUCCACUCCUGGACCUCAACGUUCCCCUGGCUGUGGCCAAGGAGCGCGCGCACCAGAAACGCACCAGCAAGAAGGCGCCGCAGAUGGACUGGAGCAAGAAAAACGAACUGUUCGGCAAUCUCUGAAAAGCCCCCCGGCAGAGGAGAGGAGAGGUAGCAAACUCUCCAGCGUCUGGCCCAAAUCUCCACCAGCAUCUCGCUUUCUUCCCAGUCUCCAGUUUCGCUAGGGAGCGGAGUCCUUUUCCCCCACACUUGGAUUGCACAAUUUGGUUUUCUCUACUGUAAUCUAAAGGAAAAAAGCACAAUGGCUCCUUUUGCGAGUUUCCAGAGCAGUGUUAACAUUCAGAGAACGACAAGAUGUUUUUUGUGUGUCUCAAUAGCUUGGGGUUCAUGCGUGGUAAGGGGUUGGACCAUUCCACGGGCCCAAAUCAAACCCCUAUGUGUUUGCAGUGGGCACUGUGGAACACCUCUCAUUCUCACUGGCUUUUUACUGAAAGCUUAAACCCAUGUAAAUGCAGGGAAGACGUUCAGCAGUGACGUGGGAUUUUGAGUGCCUGACUUGAGACCCCUUAAAGAGGCCUGAUUUGAUGCUUGGCUCUUAAAGGAGCUUGGAUAUAUUUUCUGGUGUCUCCAGCUGAGCACCCAAAAUCACUAGACAUAUCUGAAUAUCUCAGCCUUAGGUUUCAGUGUAUUUUAAGCUUCAGUUUGGCCAAGAACCAAACAACAUUCCUUCCAAGAGUUACUAUUUGUUUAGGGUGAGUUUUUGUUGUUUUUUACCUCUGACCUGGGGCUUCCAUCUACAAUGAUCCACCCCCAUCAAAUCCCCUGGUCUGAAGGUACCCAGAGGGCACUGUAGUUGAAUCAGUUUAACCAAGCACUUGUGUGAAUGCCAUGAAACCGGUGUCCUGAACACACCUCACCGAACCAUUUGUCCCAGGCCAACUGGAAGCGAACUUUCAAAGGAUCUAGCUCCCUAGGGUAGCUGAGGCCUGAGACCAGAGGGGCUUCCCUUGCCAUGUUAUACCCGGGGGGUUUGUUCCUGCAGGGGAGGGCUGUUUGGACCAAGCACAAUGACCGAUAACUGCAAGCAGGAAUCUCCUCCGAUGUCUGGUUACUCCUGGAGACCGAACCGAUCAGGGUUUUGAAUACUGAAAUGUAUAAUGUAAAGGUUUUUAAAUAGACUCUCUCCGUUUUCUGAAAUGAGAUGUUUCCAAUCACACUGAUUUUUAAGGGGGGGUGGGGAAAAAGAUUUAUUCUGUGGCGAUUUUUCCCUGUGGAUGUUUUAUUUCCGUGUUUGCGAUCGAGGUAUUAUUGUAUGUCAAGCUCAAGAGAAAUGCUCUUUACCGGGGAAAAAAAAAAUCCCUCCUGACUUUGUGUGUUCAUUGGAUGGCUAAAUCCUUCUAAAGCUGUCUGCCUGGGGGCUCUGAGCAAUCCCGAUUGAGCACCUCGGCUGCACUGUGGAGAGAGAUGUGAUCAUGUAACUGCCAAUGGCUGCUGACAGUGAACGUGUUUCAGCACCUCCACCUAGCAACCAUUGUCCAGGAACAACCCUCUAUGAACUGCCCUAACAUGCUGCCCUACUGCGCUAGUGCAUUGUGGGGAAAAUCUGGGCAGCGCUCCUGUGCUGGCUCAGCUACUGGUGCAAUGCAUUUUGGGAUAGCCUCCUGCCCAGAGGUGGGACUGGCUUACCUGGCUUGGCAGGCACAGGUGGGCAGGCCUUCUCUCCCAACAGAAGGGGCAGUAUUAAAACUCGGCCACAGCCUGGCACCUGAAUGUGUACCCACGCCUGUUAAGUGGGAGCAGCCGUCAACUGUGUACGAGCUCAUAACAAUGCUGUGGUGUAGACGGGACCCUGGGGCAGGGGGAAUUGCACUUCAGGAAAUGUCUGCUAGUGCGGUUUUCGUGGCUAAAGUGCUGCUUGUGCGGUGGUCCUGCUUGGGGUCGGGAUAAAGGCCAGCAGCCAUAUCCUGCCCCUUAUUUUCAGAGUAAGAAUAAUUGCCGCUGGUGUGGCUCUGUUUAAGCCCCUCCCUCCAUCAGAGCAUGGGAAAUUCCAAGCCUGCUGAAACUGGUGGUUUAAAGGUUUCCGGUACAUUUGGAUGGUGGCACUUUGCAAUGUAGUGAUGCAUUCUGGGCCAGCUGGCCGCCUUCUGGAACCUAGCGAGAGGCGGGGAGCAGGAAGAGAGGGAUCGGCUGGACCCUCUGUGGGUUAAUGUCUCUGGAUUAUUAAAAUGCUCUAAUCCCUGCUGCUCUGGGGGGGUAGGAGGAGGUGCCCAUGAGGCUGCCGUGUGUACCAGUUGUAAUCUGCUAGGGCUGUUGCUGGAAAGGAUUCCCAGGGUAGGGUCAGAGCAAGCCUGAGGGACUGUCUUAUCGCCGUGUUUACUGACCUGAUUAGAGGGCAGCAGCCCCUAAACUCUCUGCGAAAAUAAACCAGCUGCUCCGCAGUCCAUCACCAUUUCACAAGACUGUGCACAUUCCAAAACAAUCCCAAGUGGCCCAGGCCGGUAAACAUGGGGGUUGCUUCAUCAGAGCCUCUCUCAAAUGGCAGAGAGGAAGGGGUUGGUGUUGGGUGAGGUUGGAACAGGCUGACACAGAUUUCCCUCCCCUCUGGUAAGGAUGUGAUGAGAGUGUGUGUGGGGGGGGGGGGGUGGAAGACUGCUUGGGUGAAUUCCAGGAAUUGACCUAGCAAAUCGCUAAGGUGUGUGCGCCUGACCUACAGUGGAGCAUCCAGGUAAGUGAGGAGCCGCUGGCCGUGAAGAAGAGCCUGAGAUGGGACUGGGACAGGAAUAAGGGGGAGGAAGCGUGGAAGAAAGGUCUACUCCAUACAUCAGACACGCCCAUGGUGCUGUAACAGCAUUUGGUGGGCAGGUGCAGACCAGAGGCUGGGAAGAAGGGCAGGGCCAAACAAAUGCACGAGGGCCUCCUUAAGGAGAAGCAGUUGCUGGAGGCAGGUAGGGUAUGCAGAUUUCUACGGGAGUGGGUGGCUUGUUUCCACUCCCAGUUGUGUAUGAGAUGGGCCUGGCUUGUGCUUGUUGACGAGCAAUGGCAUUUAGACUCUAAAGGAGGAAAACUACAGUAAGCGAGAGGAAGGUGAUAGCUGCAGAACAGUGAUGCCUGAUAGCGAAGGCAAUAGUGGGUAAACUUAGAGGACUGAUGCACUGACAAGUGCCAUAUCCCUUCUUGUGUGGCUUGUUCUCAUAGCAUACAGCCUCCUCCUGCGACCAGCGGGUGGAGUUGCUUCUUUAGCUCCUGGCAAGAGAAGUCUUUUGGCUGAAGAUCCUGGGUUCUAUCCCUGGUGGAGGUGACUAUUUGGAAUCAAAGUCAAUGGUUCCUGCCUGGGAGAAUAAGCUUAAAAUGAAGGUGAGAGCCGAACAGAGUAGUAGCACUAUGAUCAGAGUGCUCCACCCCGGCCCCAGAUUAUAACAGGAUAAUGGUUUGGGCUGUGUCAUAACACCAGACAGCAGCCUCUGUAUAAGAUGAUCUGUUACAGAAACUUUACUCUGACUCCAGUGCCCGCCUCAGUGGUGUAAUGACUUUAUUAGAAAAGCUGAACUAGAGCCGUGCAAUAACCCAGUCAUGGGAUAUUGUGGAUGUGGUGGCGAGAACGUGGCGUCUGUACUCUGUGAGCAGUGAGACGUCACUUAGAGGCUUGUAGUGGAGGAAAUAGGCCUUGGAGGGGAAAGUGUCCAGUGAAGUGCUUGCAGAGCCUGGCUGCAGAUAGAGAUUGUUCCAGGGCUGCCACCUUGUGGCUUGGGCUUAGCAGCGAAAUUGAUGUUUGCAGCACUAUUUCUGUGUGUGCACCAUGCUGAGUAGCUUAAGUGGGUUAAACAGAUAAGUCCUUAGCCUGCAGAAUGUACAGCUGAAAGGCGUGGGUGAGCACAGUACAAUGCAAAACAAACCAGGAUGGCUGUCUGGUCAUAACUGCAACAUCUCAUGUGGCAGGACUAUUUCUCUAAAGCACUAGAAACUUUCCAGGGCUCAAUUACAGUAGAACCUCAGGGUAACGGUCAACCACACACCUCAUUUGGAACUGGAGUGUGCAAUCAGGCAGCAGCAGAGACCAAAAAAAAGAGCAAGUAAAUGCAAUACAGUACUGUUAUAAACUACUAAAAAUAAAGGGAAA